AUAUUUCAUACUUUUGUUAUCAAUUACAACAGUUUCAGAGCUCUGAACAAGCUGAAGAAAAAACGCUAGUAAUGGAGGCAAGUUCAGUCCUCACCGCUUCUUCUUCUUCUUCCUCAUACUGUGUCUCUUCCUCAACACGCCAAUUCACUUUCAACUCUCAGUUUUCUCUCUCUACUUUCGGAAACUACCCAUUUGUUAGUUUCCCCAUCCAACAACAACGCCGCUUGCUUUACUCGUGUCGCCGGAGCUCUCCUCUUCGCACUUCUUCGGCUCGCGCUGCUGUUGGGGAAGUUCUCGAAAAAUCGGCGGACUCUCUCUCAUCCCCCAGAGAAAUGCUGCCCAAAAUUGACAAGAGUGGCAGGUUUUGCAGCCCCAGAGCCGCCAGAGAGCUCGCCUUGAUAAUUAUUUAUGCGGCGUGUUUAGAGGGAUCUGACCCAGUUCGGCUAUUCGAGAAGAGAAUCAACGCCCGAAGAGAACCUGGCUACGAAUUCAAUAAGGCAUCACUAACAGAAUACAACCACAUGAGUUUUGGAGGACCCCCUGUUACAGCACAGACAGUUGAGGAAGAGGAUGAGCUUUUGCGCAAUCAUGAAAAGGAGUCUGCAAUUGAAGAAGAGGUCCUUUCAGCUCCUCUGAAAUUGGUGUACAGCAAACUAAUCUUGCGAUUCACAAGGAAACUUUUGGUUGCAGUUGCAGAGAAGUGGGACAGUCAUGUGCUUGUCAUUGACAAAGUUGCCCCCCCUAAUUGGAAGAACAAGCCAGCAGGCAGAAUCUUGGAGUUCUGUAUUUUUCACUUGGCAAUGUCUGAAAUAGCAGUGCUAGGAACUCGGCACCAGAUAGUCAUCAAUGAGGCUGUCGAUCUUGCAAAACGGUUCUGUGAUGGGGCAGCCCCACGUAUAAUCAAUGGUUGCCUCAGGACGUUUGUCAAGGAUUUGGGAGAAACCGGUGUAGCUCCGAUUUUAGAAGCCAAGCAGAAGCCUUCGGUUGAUAUGUAAAUUGAAACUUCAAAGCAAAAGUUUUCCAUAAUUUGAGCAUUGGGUGGGUGAGAUGAUGUUGAAGAACCUCACUGUGAAGAGCUGUUCGGACAUGGUAAUAAUACAAGGCCAUGAGAGGAACUUUUGGGAACUGAGCAAUUUAUCAACAACCAGUUGAGUGUUCUGGUGAAUUUCAAUGCCCUAAAAAUGGAAGAUGAAUAUAUGUGAUUAUGUUGUAAUUCAGAUUUUUCAAUGUAAUAGUCUUGUAUGAUGAUACUAGGAUGUACCCUAUUUUCAGUCACUGUAGCAACAGUUGCAGCUUAUGUUCUUAGUACCUCCUCUCACCAGGUUAAACAGCAAUUGAAACAUUUUUGUAAAUCUCCUGGUGGAUUUGAUGUUGUAAAAGUACCAUUUUGCCUUCAAUUUAUAAUUUUUGUCCCA